CGUGGUCCCCGCGCGGCUCCAUAUUGCGGCGGCACCGGGGUCGGGGGGUUCCCGGCGGGGCUCGGGGGCGCGCAGAUGGCGACGCAGGUGGAGGCGCUGCUGCCCGGCACGGCCCCGCUGCUGCCCGCCGAGGAGCGCGCCCUGGUGCUGAAGCCGCCGCAGGACGGCGGCCGGGAGAAGGGCGAGCCGCCCAUGGGCCCCGACGGCGGGCCGGCGGCGCCGAGGCCGCCCAGCGCCAAGCAGCAGAAGGAGGAGAGCAACAACCAGGAGAAGGAGAGCCUGCUGAGGGCCGGCGGCGAGGCGGAGGACGGCGGCGAAGCGGGCGGCGCGGGGCGCCGGGAGUUCAUCGAGGCCCCGCCGCCCAAGGUGAACCCCUGGACGAAGAACGCGCCGGCCGUGAACGGGCAGUCGCCUCCCGAUAUAUUUCCAACUGAUGGCCAGUCUGAACUUACAACUCCAGCGAAAGUGGUGAGGGCUGCCAACCCAAGACAGAGGAAAGGAAGCAAGGUUGGUGACUUCGGUGAUGCCACAAAUUGGCCAACACCUGGAGAAAUAGCCCACAAGAGUGUCCAGCAGCCACACAAAGCACCAUCCCUUCGGAAGCUACCUGUCAAGAAAGACAUGAAAGAGCAGGAAAAGGGGGACGGGAGUGAUGGCAAAGAGAGCCUGAAAACCAAAUCUGAUGAGUCUGGGGAGGAGAAGAAUGGUGACGAUGACAACCAGAAGUCAGCCCAGAAGAAGAAAGGCAACAAACACAAGUGGGUCCCUUUGCAGAUAGACAUGAAGUCAGAGGUACCUAGGGACAAAACGGCCUCUCGGAACAACCGGCAAAACGAGCAGCACAGGCACCCCUCCAACAACCGCAGCGAGCUCAAAGGCUGGCACCCUGACAACAAGCACGAGCGCAGCUGGCAGGACCACGACGAGACCUCCAGCGUGAAGAGCGAGGGAGGGGCCGUGCGAGGCACCUUCCGGGGCCGAGGCCGCGGCCGGGGCAGGGGCCGUGGCCGUGGCAGAGGAGGGCACUUUGACUAUCAGUACGGAUACCGGAAAUUCGAGGGCUCCGACGGCUCCCGCACCCAGAAGUACGCCAGCAACAUCACCUACUACUUUGACAACAUCAGCAGUGCUGAGCUCUACAGUGUGGACCAGGAGCUGCUCAAGGACUACAUCAAGAGGCAGAUAGAAUAUUACUUCAGCGUGGACAACCUGGAGCGAGACUUCUUCCUGCGCCGCAAGAUGGACUCGGAUGGCUUCCUGCCCAUCACGCUGAUCGCCAGCUUCCACCGGGUGCAGGCGCUGACCACCGACAUCAGCCUCAUCAUCAAGGCUCUGAAGGACAGCAAGGUGGUGGAAAUUGUGGAUGAGAAGAUCAGGAGAAAAGAGCAGCCAGAAAAAUGGGCUCUGCCUGGCCCCCCUAUGGCAGACUACACACAGACAGACUUCUCACAGUUCAUCAAUUGCCCCGAGUUUGUGCCCCGGCAGAGCUUCCAGAAAGAGACUGAGUCCGCUCCAGGCUCCCCACGUCCUGCCAGCCCAGUCCCUACCAAAACAGAGGAGGUCAGUAACCUGAAGACAAUGCCCAAGGGCCUGUCCACAAGCCUGCCAGACCUGGAUUCAGAGACAUGGAUUGAAGUGAAGAAGAGACCCCGACCUUCCCCAUCCAGGCCCAAGAAACCAGAGGAGUCAAAGACACCACAGCAGCAGAAGCAAAAGGACCAAGAUGAACCCGAGGAGCUCGACUUCCUCUUCGAUGAGGAGAUGGAGCAGAUGGACGGCCGCAAGAACACCUUCACCGACUGGUCAGACGAAGACUCGGACUACGAGAUCGAUGACCGCGACGUGAACAAGAUCCUCAUCGUGACGCAGACCCCUCCAUACCUGCGCCGGCAUCCUGGGGGGGACCGGACUGGCAACCACACUUCCAGGGCUAAAAUGAGCUCAGAGCUGGCCAAGGUGAUCAAUGAUGGGCUCUACUACUAUGAGCAGGACCUGUGGACAGAGCAGUUUGAGCCGGAGUAUUCACAGAUCAAGCAAGAGGUGGAGAACUUCAAGAAGGUGAAUAUGAUCAGCAGGGAGCAGUUUGACACCCUGACCCCAGAGCCCCCUGUGGAUCCAAACCAGGAAGUCCCUCCUGGUCCCCCCAGGUUCCAGCAAGUACCUACAGACGCUUUGGCCAACAAGCUCUUCGGAGUCCCUGAGCCUUCCACCAUUGCCCGCUCUUUGCCCACGACUGUCCCAGAAUCACCCAACUACCGCAACGCCAGGACCCCCCGCACCCCGCGCACGCCGCAGCUCAAGGACCCGACACAGACGCCCCGGUUCUACCCAGUGGUGAAAGAGGGCAGGACGAUAGAUGCCAAGACUCCACGUAAGAGGAAGACGAGGCACAGUUCGAACCCUCCGAUGGAGUGCCACGUGGGCUGGGUUAUGGACUCUCGGGAGCACAGGCCCCGGACUGCCUCCAUCAGCUCCAGCCCCUCGGAGGGGACCCCGGCUGUCGGGAGCUACGGCUGCACCCCGCAGUCCCUGCCCAAGUUCCAGCAUCCUUCGCACGAGCUGCUCAAGGAGAACGGCUUCACACAACACGUCUACCACAAGUACCGGCGGCGCUGCCUUAACGAGCGGAAACGACUGGGCAUUGGUCAGUCCCAGGAGAUGAACACACUUUUCCGGUUCUGGUCCUUCUUCCUCCGAGAUCACUUCAACAAGAAAAUGUAUGAGGAGUUCAAGCAACUGGCUGUGGAGGAUGGGAAGGAGGGAUACAGGUACGGUCUGGAGUGCCUUUUCAGAUACUACAGCUACGGGCUGGAGAAGAAAUUCCGGCCAGACAUAUUUAAGGACUUCCAAGAAGAGACCAUCAAGGAUUAUGAAGCUGGGCAGCUCUAUGGGCUGGAAAAGUUCUGGGCCUUCUUAAAAUAUUCCAAAGCCAAAAAUCUGGAUAUUAACAGCAAACUGCAAGAAUACCUCAGCAAGUUCAAGCGCCUCGAGGACUUCCGAGUAGAUCCACCCAUGGGGGAGGAAGGUGGACACAAGAGAUACCCCACGACAUCAGGGGGAGAUGGCAGGAAGCGCUACCCAUCCCAGUCUUCCAGCAAAACGGUCAGCCAGUGCCCAUCCAGCCAAGCCCACGCCUCACCCAGCCAGCCUGCACAAGAGGAUGCCAAAAACCUGAGCCAGCAAUCCCCUGCCCCAUCAGCUGCAGAGUCGCAGACAGUGGGGAAGUAGAGAGGCUGCAGCAUCUGCUUCCUGCCGGGGGGUGGGGUGGGUUGGGUUGGUGGGGAAUGGCUCGGAGAAGGGCAGACAUGAGGGGGUGGGACAGGAAGGGAGCUGGAAGGUGGGUUCCCAGGAAUAGGCUGCUUGGGAGAAACUUCAACGCACACGAUUUUCUUCUCUUGUGGCUGGAAAGCAAAGACGAUCUGCAUCCAAAACACCAUUUUGCUGUUACUACCCUGACCAGAGCCAGACCCACUCCCAGCAGACCCACCCUUUCCCUUCCCUCUCCUCCUGUGCACACACUCAUGUCUUAGUGUCUCUUCAAAAAAAUGUGUUCUGGCUGGGUUGGAAAGGGGAGAUUUUUUUAUUAUUAUAUAUAUAUAUCAAGUUUUAAAUUAUUGCUAGAAGUUCGUCUGGAUUUACCAAAAGAAGUGUGCUCUGUGUGGCCCCAAUGAGUCCCCUCUGUGUCCCCCCUUGGAUCACGGGGCAGCCGCUCAGGAAGCUCGGAGGAGCGAGGUUCCCCAGUGGGGGACCGAAGCCACAGCGUGUGACGAUGCUGCGGAGCCUCUGAUCUCCAUGACCCGGCUGGCGUCUCCCAUUCCACGUACGGCGGUGCCUCUCCGACACCGACCUCCACGACAGGAGCAUCGCCCUGUUCGUUCUCCCGCUCCCUUCUCCCUGAUGUCUUCACCUUCCCGAGGGUCUGGCUCUCCCUCUGUCCACCUCUCCCUUUCACCACGGACAAUUUGGAAGUCAACCAAAGGACCUUUGCCAAGGAUAGGCUUGUUCUGACUCCUUCCUGCGAGGAUGGCUGGUUGGGAGGCUGGCAGGCACCUGGACUCGAGCCUGCAUUAGACGGUGCACCCGCUGCCCCAGGAAUGCCCAUCGCAUGCAAAGACAGGACUUUGCAAAAGGAGCUUUUCUCUUCCUUUUCCCUUGGAAAAAAAAUGACAAAAAAAAAAAAAAACAAACCCACAACCCCCUCUACAACAACAACAGAAAAACUCUUUAAAAAGACACAUCUCCCUUUGCUUUCUUCCUUGGAAAUAUUAUUGAAGAAAAAAAAGAAAAAAAAAAAAAACAAACAAAAAACCCCAAAAACACACAAAAAAAAGUUGCCUUAUGGUGGAGCUGGACCGGGGAGGCUUGUUGGCUUCCUGUACCCUGGGGUGCACUGGGCUCUUGGCUCCCCCCAGGCCCAGAGACUCCUCACGGCAUUGCUGCCGAGCUGAUCUUCCCUGCGGCCUUUCCUCUGACCCCGCAGCUCUCUCGGAUGCCUCCCUGCCAGGCCUGAGUCUCCUGGGGAAGGUGCUGAGGGCAGUCACAUCCAAGACUCGUGCUCACGCAGUACUCGCAGCCCCUCCGCCGUGUUUGUACCAUGGCAGCCUUGUCCCCACGACAGCGACUGUUCCUGUCAUGGCCUUGCUCGCGCCCCCGGCCCUCCCUGGGCGGGAGGUGGUCUGCUCCUGUCUGUGCUUCCAGCGUGGUUGGGGAGUGAGCAGGGAGAUUGUCACAGCAGCUGGGGGGACUGGUCCUGGCUGUGAGCGAGGGCUGCUUCUGCUGUAGCCUGACAGGGAGUGAGGCAGCCCUGGGAAACCUGCCCCACAGCAGUCACUGGCUCGGGGCUGCUGCUGGGACUUGUGCAGGGCAGGCAGGAGCCCUGCUUGGCACAGGAGAGCUCUCACCUGGGUUUCCUUGUGUGUUGUAUUGUGGCAGGCGGCUGCCUGGAGUCUCCCACUCAGGGCACAGUCCCUGUGCAUUUCCAAGGGCUGAGAUGACACCGUGUAGCUCCUUACUUGGCUGAGGCAGGGGGUGACUGCAGAGCUGCUGUGGCAUUUACUUGAUAGAUCCUUAUAUCCAGCACCAGGUGGGCUUUGGCAGGCAAACCCUCCCCAGGCUGUGAGCUGGAUCCUUUGCGAGGGGUAUGUGUCAGACAUGGUAUCUCUGAGAUGUCCAGUGCUACCUCUGGAGCUGCUCCAGAGGUAGCACUGGAAAGUCAUGUUCCUUUCCAGCCAGACCCACUUGCUUUGCUGCUACUGUGCUCCUUGUGAUGGGUCCCUGGGAUCCCUGGCUUGGCUCUGGCUCUGGGGCUCCAUCCCUGUGAGCUCCAGAGCUGUGCUCUUCUGUGCAGUGUGGAGUGGGCACGUGCUGCACCACUCCAAAGGUGCAGCUCAUUGCGUUGCCCUCUCUGCAAAGUCACAAGCUGGUACUGGACAGUGUUUUCCCAAGGGAUCCAGUUGAGCCAGAGCUGCAUCUCAUAGCUGGGAGGAGUCAUCAUCUCUCCAGGGCUGUCCCUGUGCGGCUGCAGAGUGGGUGAGUGAGAGCAGCGAGGAACUGAAAGCAGGAGCAAGAGGGGGAGCAUGGACAAGCUGUCCAUCAGCAGUGGCUGGGGGUGCUUGUGGGGCCCUGGCUGAAGUCAUCACUUCCCAAACUGACACUGCUUCCAGGAUGCUGCCUUGGUGGGGGCAGGUGGGCUGGUCCAAGCGGAGUGGCUUCACGAACUGCUGCUAAAAUUGAAAGCACAGCUGGGUUUGAGAGGCUGGGGAGCUGCCGCUUGGCCAUUUCCUGGUGGUGGGAUCCUGCCCUGGUUUGUCCACCCCUGCCAUGUCACCCUGCAGCUGGUACCGCUCGCAGGCCUGAUUGCUGCAGCAGGCAAAGCCCAUCUGAGGCUGUGAACUCCGUUAUGGCAGCAGUGCUCUGGGGUUGUGGGGUGGGAACUGGGCAAGAUGGGCAAAAGUAACACUUGUACAGUGCUGCGGCCGUGACUGUUAUCUCUGGAUUUCCCCCUCUCGUGAGCUGGAGUCAGAUCUCUGAGGUUACGGAUAUAGGCGGGUUUGUCCCUGAUUUGGGAAGGAGGAGGCUGGAGAGUCGAUCAAGGACAUUGUAGAUGUGUUGCUGGUUUUUUGAGAGUGCAGGCAGGUCUGGAUGUGCCACAGGUGAUCCUUGCUGCUGUGUCUGUGCUCCUUUCUCGUGCUUGUUCUUUCUUGAAGCCAAUUGUCUGCGUUUUAGCAACAAAUUAAUAGGAGAUGGGGAGGGAUGGGCUGCUGCUAUGGAGUUGUUGCUUGUGGCGCAGACUGUGAAAUUGCUUGGGUGGUAGAAGAGGUAGGACAUUUCCCAGAGAAUUUCCCAAAAUACUGAUUGAUUUUGAGUAAUUUUUAAUUUCUGAUCCUGAGGCUCUAGUCUUAGCAUGGAAGUGUUUUCCCUUCCCCCUCUGCCAAGUCAGUGGUUUGUCAUUAAUGUGUGCACCCAGGGGAAGGUGGGUCAGAAGAGCGAUCCCAGCGGUCCCAGUGCCCUCCAGGUUUGUGGACUGUGUGCCUUGUUUUGCUGUCCAUGGGACAGCAGUGGGCAGGACAGAGCAAAGAUGGACAUGACAGCCUGAGGCAGCUGCUGCUUGCUCACACCUGUCUUCCUCCAGGGAAGGGAACACAGAGCUGUUCCCUCCCGCUCCGUGCUGGGGUGGGUGCUGGUGGAGGGCAGGGAGCUCUCCAGGUGCCUGGUCCAUGCCCGGCUGGGUCAGGAGUGGCUGCAGCAAGGCUGCCGCUGCACGCAGGAGGCAUCACAUGCAGCUCAUGUCCCCACUGGAUGAAGGGACAGCUGUCCAGAGGGGGUUUGCAUUUGAGGAAGCUCUUGCCCUUCUGUAGAGGAGGGAGUUAGGCCUUGCUUUUAGUUUGGAUGCUUCACCUCCACUGUGUGUUGUGCUUUUUUUGAUUUCAGAGGACUGAGUGGUUGCACACGUGCUCCUGUGAGCGCUGAUUGUCCCACAGCCCGCGAGGGCUGUGUGGUGCUGGCAUCCAGCCACUGGCACAGCCUGGGGGGAGCCCCAGCUGCUUUUGAAAGGCUGAGGGAGGCUGACUUGGGGCACCAUUCCCCAUCCUGCCCCUUUUCUUAGGAGGUCCUCCAGGCUGCUGGAGCUUAGGGGCUCCUUGCUGAGGUCAACUUGUCUUUGGAGUGCAGGUGGCUGCAACAGGUACAGAGCUGUGGUGUGGGGUCAGAAUGGAGGUAGAAGGUGUGUUUCUGAGGAGGCUUUGUUGCUUUGCCAUGCUCAUUUGUGGAAAAAAAAAACCAACAAAAAACAAAA